AUGGUAAUGGUAACCACUUAUGUUACUGACAAUAAUUAUGCUGUCAGGUAUAAAAUCUUUAUCACGUUUGUGGUCUCUACGAUAGACUGUGUUGUUGGUAUUGUUGGCAAUGGUUUCAUCACAGUCCUCUACGGGACUGAGUGGAUCAGGAGCAAAAGAUUCCCCACUGGGGACCAACUUAUGCUGAUGCUGAGUUUCUCCAGGCUUUUGCUGCUGAUCUGGAUAAUGGUAGAGAUUACUUGUAGUCUGUUCUUCAGGUUCAUUUAUAGCCAAAAUGGCAUGUAUAAACUCUUCAAAGCUGUCACCGUGUUUCUGAGCUACUGUAACCUCUGGUUUGCUGCCUGGCUCAACGUCUUCUACUGUCUGAAAAUCGCAAACUUCACUAACCCUCUGUUCCUCAUGAUGAAGAGGAAAAUCACAGCACUGAUGCCUCAGCUCAUGAGUCUCUCGGUGUUGGUUUCCAUCAGCCUGAGCUCUUUCUUCUCAAAAGACAUCUUCAAUGUGUACGUGAACAAUUCUGUCCCCAUUCCUUCCUGCAACUCCACGAGGAGGAAGUACUUCUCUGAGACCAAUGUGCUCAGCCUGGCUUUUUUAUAUUAUAUGGGGAUCUUCCUCCCUUUGAUCAUGUUCAUCAUGGCAGCCACUCUGCUGAUUGCCUCACUCAAGAGGCACACCCUGCACAUGGAAAACAGCACCGCAGGCUCCAGGGACUCCAGCAUGGAGGCUCACUUGGGUGCCAUCAAGUGGACCAGCUACUCUCUCAUUCUCUACAUUAUCAAUGCACUGGCUCUAUUUGUUUCCAUGUCAAACCUCUUUGAUACCUACAGUUUCUGGAAUAGUCUGUGCAACUUUAUCAUGACCGCCUACCCAGCUGGCCAGGCAGUGCAUCUAAUCUUGAGAAACCCUGGGCUAAGAAGAGCCUGGAGGCGGUUUCAGCACCAUGUCCACCUCUACUUUAAAAGGUAG